UCUUCCAAUGAUUCUUCUACAAUGGUCAUAAGCCGUCGAAAGAGAAAGCUAAUACUAGUCUCAAUACUCGCACCAUUCAGAAAAAAAAGUUUUAAGGCAUGUCAAAAGAGCAACCUUUUAAUAAUGAUUGUUUGCUUUGGGUGCGUCAUGAACUGAUAAACCGACAAAGCAAGAAACAGUGCAAGUGGGAGUUCUGUAAUAGAAGUGGGCGGACUUAGUUAUUUGUUAUAUCGUUGAGAGAGAAAGAAAGCUCUGAAAGUUUCCAUUUUUAUCUGGUAAAUUUCGGAAAGUUUCCAUUUUUAUGUUUUGGUCUAAUCUCUUCAUAUCUUCUUUGUUGCUGUGUGAAUUGAUGAGAGGGUUUCUGGAUUACUUUCUUUUAAUUGAUUUUAGCUUGUAGAAACGAAGAAGAAGCCCUAGCAAAAAAAAAAAAAAAUGAGUCACAACAUGACGGCGGUUGAUGAUGAUCCUGGGCAGAUUAAACGUGCCCUUAUUGAUGCUUCCGCCGGAGCUAUCUCCGGUGCUGUCUCUCGCAUCGUUACUUCUCCCCUUGACGUCAUUAAGAUUAGGUUUCAGGUUCAACUAGAACCAACAACUUCAUGGUCUGUGGUCCGGGGCAACUUGUCUGGAGCAUCCAAGUAUACUGGAAUGUUUCAGGCAACUAAAGACAUUUUUAGAGAAGAAGGUUUCCGGGGUUUUUGGCGUGGGAAUGUGCCAGCUUUGCUUAUGGUCAUGCCUUAUACUUCAAUUCAGUUCACAGUACUACAUAAGUUGAAAUCUUUUGCAUCUGGUUCUACUAAAACAGAGGAUCAUAUACAUUUGAGCCCUUAUCUAUCCUUCAUCAGUGGAGCUUUAGCAGGAUGUGCUGCUACACUAGGAUCUUAUCCUUUUGAUCUUCUUAGGACAAUACUAGCCUCACAAGGGGAGCCUAAGGUGUAUCCAACGAUGAGGUCUGCAUUUGUCGAUAUUAUCAAAUCUCGAGGUGUAAGAGGAUUGUAUAAUGGACUAACACCAACACUUGUUGAGAUUGUGCCUUACGCUGGCUUGCAGUUUGGCACUUAUGACAUGUUUAAACGGUGGAUGAUGGACUGGAACAGAUACAUGUUAUCCUCCAAAAACCAAAUAAACGCGGACACAAACCUUUCCAGCUUCCAGCUUUUUGUUUGUGGCCUUGGGGCUGGCACUAGCGCCAAACUCGUCUGCCAUCCUCUUGAUGUGGUUAAAAAGCGUUUUCAGAUUGAAGGUUUACAGAGACAUCCGAGAUAUGGAGCUCGACUGGAGCAACGUGCAUACAGAAACAUGUUAGACGGUCUUAAACAGAUUCUGAUGUCUGAAGGGUGGCAUGGUCUGUACAAAGGCAUUGUGCCAUCAACUGUGAAAGCUGCUCCUGCCGGUGCUGUUACCUUUGUGGCCUAUGAGUUUACCUCUGACUGGUUGGAAUCAGUUUCUUGGUAGAGAUUUUACACUCUUUUUCACAUUUUUAUAUCUUUUUGUCUCUAGCGUUUCUUAUAGUCUCUGCCCUAUUCAUGGGUGUGUUAUCAUAUGAUCAUUGGUUAUUGUGGGAGUUAUACGAGUAAACAUCAAGUGUUGUCGGCAGUUUUGAAAGUUUCUAACAAGUUUAGCCGAUUUUGUAGAGUGAGAUUGUUAAACUGUGUAGUGAAUCCAAGUUAUCA